AUGGCGGUCAGCGAUCCACAGAGGCAACUCCUAACACUAAUUCUCGAGUUUGCUACCGAGAAAUCACAGGGAGAGAGAAGAGUGAUUGGGCUAGAGAAGCUAAUGCAAGAGCUUGGAUGUGAAGUAGAUGUGGCAAAUGGAGAGAUGGAAGAGGUGAAGUGUAUCAAAGAAACUACUGAGCAAGAACUUAAAGGCUACGAACUUCAAUUGGCUUUAAAUGAAGCUUCUAUUCAAACCCUUGAGGCAAGAAUCUCAAUUAUUCAAGAUGAGAUAUCCUCGGUUGGAUCCCAAGUAGAGGGUCUGAAGGUUUAUUCGCCAGAUGUUGAUCUUAAUGCUAAGAUAAGGAAAUUUCAAGAGGAAAAGUGUAUCAAAUCUAAGAAAAAGAGCAGCAUUGGAACCACAGCAGAACCAGACAGAAAAGCUGUAAAGAAGGUAGUUACUGAAGUUGAGUUAAGAGCUCUUGAGGAUAUUCUUGCCCAUGUAGCUUCUCAGACAUCUAAAGAGGAACAAGAAUACAUAGCAGAGGAGAAUAUUCAGAAUCAGGUCCAGAAGGAGUAUAUUGACCUUCAGAGGAAGGUUUCUCUGAUGGAGGCAAUAGUGAAAGAAACAAAAGCAUUGCAGGACUUAACAAGGCAGGCUUCUGUGUUGGAACAGAAUUAUGCUUCCCUUGGUGAGCAGUUGCAAAAGAGAUGCCUAUGUCCCCUUUGUCAUGCAGAUAAUUUUGAGGUCCCGGGUGGUGUUCUUCAGGCAAAUGAGGCAAAUUGAUAGUAAGUACUCUACUUCUUGUUGCUGCGUCCAAUGAAUAUGAAAUAUGUAGUGAAAUUUGGAAACUGUGGUUAUUAGCAUGUGUUACUAUUUUGAAUUUUUUAUGUACACAAUCAUACUAGGAAGCUAUUGCUCUAUGUCCUAUUGAAGAAGCCUGAUGGCCUACCAAGUGGAAAAGUGUUCUCGACUGUUUUUUGCUUUUAAAAUUUCAUGCUGGUCCUUCUCAGUGUGUAAGCUGCUAUAUUUCAACUUGUCAGUCAAAAUGGCCAAACUAUUACACUUUC